GGUACACAAAGAGGAAGUGCGAAAUACAGUUAUUCCACUGCUUGGAGCAGUUUUUAAGUCCAGCAGUGGAGUGAGAAGGCGCAGCCAGGGGAAAAACAUCAAUGGAGGACGAAUUGAACCCCACAUCAGCAUUUGAGAAAGACCCGUUCACGCUCACAGCUGAAGACGUCUACGAUAUGUCUUAUGUCAUUGGCCGCGAUUUAUUCAAACUCAGUAGCUCAGAAGACAGCCGUACAGUCUCCGAACUGCAAUAUAAGGUAAUCAGAGUUCUAGAAAUAUUCGAGUUGCUGGUGGACAGGCAGAACCUAACAGUCGAGAAACUGAAAAUUGAACGGGACAACUUGAGGAAGGAAACGGAAAGGCUUCACAGUGAACUCCAAAAGGCAACAAGGGAUUCAGAAAAGCCGCAGAAGAAUGGAACAGACAAAUUGGUGAUCGAUGUCAAUGACCCAAAUCGGCCUCGUUUCACACUUCAGGAACUGACGGAUGUGUUGCAAGAACGCAAUAAACUUAAAGCGCAGCUACUCGUUGCUCAAGAAGAACUGGAGUGCUAUAAAAGCGGAUUAAUCCCUACAAACGAACCACAAAGUCUGGAAAAGGUGUGUGGUGCAAAUCGUGAAAGUGAACAAACUACAGUUAAGAAACUGUUUUCUCUUAAACAUCGAAAAAAUCAUUAAGCAUGUUGGACACAAGGAUAUUCAAAAAAGUUUUCUAAGCACUGAUUAUUUUCAUACUUAUAACUCAUUAUUUUCUUAAACAGAAUGGCAGCACUCUGAAAACAGUAUAGUGGUGCAGGAAUUUUCAAAGUUUAAUUUUCUAAAGAAUUUGAAAAAUAGGUUUUGCUAUGUGUAAUAAUAAAAUGCUGCGUUUUUCUAUGUAGCACAAUAAUGCAAAAAGAAAUUAAAGUAGAUUUAACUUCAAA